UUUGUAUUUUCAGGUAGGGGCCAUACCUCCGCCGCUAUUGGCUCCUUGGCAUGUCAAUCACCGUGUCCCAGCCGGGACUUGGUGAUUGUCAGAGGAGCUGACGGGAGAGGUCUGUAUGUAAACAAUACAGAUCACUCCCCUGCUAGAUCAAACAGGCUGCUUUGUAUUGCUCAGCACAGCAGAGCAAUACAAAGCAGCUUGUUUCCCUAGUAAAACACACAGUUAACCCUUUGAUCGCCCCAGAUGUUAACCCCUUCCUACCCAGUGUCAUUAGUAGUGUCAGUGCUUUUUAUUAGCACUGAUCACUGUAUUGGUGUUACUGGGGAUGUCAGUGGCAGUUA